GGGAUCAGCUGACUGAGGCAGGGAGCUGGCGCAUGGGUUGGUGUCAGACAGCACAGCUCCGAGCUGGAGCGGGGAGCGGGGAGCGGGGCAGAGCCGCGCAGCCCGGGCAGACCGCAGCAGCCCAGCCAUGGCACCCCGGAUCAGGCUGAGCCUUUCCAAGCCUCUCCCAACCAUUCGGGAAACCCACGAGGAAGCGAUGGAGGAGCCCAGCAGCAACCCCAAGUGUGCUGGGAGUGCUGCAGCCAGCCCAGACUCACACUCUAGUGAUGACUACAUCCAGUCCAUCUGCCACCUCGCCAGGCCCACCUUCCCAGCCCUUCUGGAAAGCAGACGUAAGGGUAAGGACAGAAAGACCCUGAAGACCCCUGAGGAUGUGUCAGGUUCUCCAUCGCUGGUGGGGACGCAGCAGGAAAGGUCAAAAUGUAAACUGACCAAUUUCAUCUCCAGUGUGGUGCCACUGGGAAAAGUCCCACCUGCAGAAAGCGACUUUUGGUCCAGAGAGGAUCCCCUGGAACAAAUUUACACCAAUGCAGGAAAUCUUUGCUCCCCCAAGGUUUCUUCCUAUGGUAAAGGUGACAGCACUGGUUACUCACAGUGCAACUCUUCUGCCCCAAAUGGUGACCUUCAUCCCACUAACCUGGAAGAAAAAAACACAGGGAAAACCAGUUUUCCACGAGUGUUCAGUUUUCCAAGGCUUCCCUCCCCAAGGCCAGUUCAGAAAGAAGCAGUAUGCUCAGAGAUGAGAUAUCUCAGAAGGGAUGAGGGAACAGUUUUAGGGAAUAACCACAGUCAGAAAGAAAAUGGUCCCAUGUUCAUUAACACUGAAGAGCAAUUAGGACCCUCAGCCAGAGGGAAGGUGACAGGAAACCCAGCCCUGCCCUGCUCUGUAGGAAGGCAGAAUUUGUUCAAUACAGCAGGCAUAGAUGAAAAAGAAGGAAGAAAAACUUCUCAGUGUGACAAAAAUGUCAUGGGUGAUGUUCCCAUUAAGCAGAGAUACUUCCAGUCUUUCCAGGUACCUAAAAAAGCCACCAUCCAUAACUGGAUUUCAGAGCACAGAUGCAUCUGGAAAGAAGCAAAGAUAAAAGCUUGUUUGCUCCCAGCCAUUGCUGAAGUGUGAAGAAGUAGCUGCUUAGAAUAAUUUUAUUCACAAGAUGUAACCAACCCUGUGCUCUAGCAGCUCUCCCUGGAGUCCUCACACAGAAAACAUGGCUUGAACAUGCAUGCAAGUCAGGCAGACUCUUGUGAUCCAUCAUAUCCCUCAUCCGUGGGCAAAGGGACAAUUCAGGGUCUCAUCUGCUAAGGAAACAGCAAUCAGUUCUCAUUUUGGAAAGGCAACAGUUCAUGAAGCAUCUCCUCCCACCUACUGCCUAGAACUGCCCUGAGCAUGAAGAAAAACUGGAGAGAGCUGGAGAGAACACAAAUCCCAUCUGUGCUGGAGAAGAAGUGGGAACACUGAAGUCCCAGUGCCAAGCAGGCAGAUGUUGCUGACACUUGAGCACAGCUAUCCAGAAAGGAGCCCUUUGCCCAAGGCUCGGACAGUAGGAAAUGCACUCCCUGACACACACAUUUACUGGGAGACCCAUCACAGAUCCCUGCCUCAGCACCAGGAUCCCAGGAGAGGUCACUCAUUAGAGCAGCAGCAUAAAGAAUUAUUUCUUAAAAAUCAUAAGAAGUCUUUUAUGAGGAUUUGCUGGAGGGAAAGGUGGAGAAUAUUACAACUCCUUGGGUGGGGAUUUUCCUGGUGCUUAC